AUGCCCUUGGCGGUUUUCGCACUGGUUAUUCAUCGGUACAGACCGUCAAGACUGGUCAUUGCUCCUUACGAGUCAUAUCCCCAACUUGCCGAAUAUCUACCCAAAGACCAAUUCGAUUCGCACAUGCUCACCUUGCGACAACUCGUACGAAAAGAAUACCCCAAUAUUUAUCCAGACACGUACAUGUUCAUGUCGGCCAUUGGGUUCGUCAUUGCCACUGCAGCGUUUUCAAUAGUUGCCCGAGGCCUUGAAAUAUCCAUGUGGUAUCCAUUGUUGAUCUUGGUGGCUCCCGCUAUUCUCGCCUAUUGGACGACACGAAGACGUAGUAUACAUUACAUCAAGAUUAACAAUUUCCAAGAGCAUCUUCAACAAUGUCUAAAGGAUCUUUCAGAAUUGGAUCGACCACAUCAAGUGCGAUGGGAUUAUCGGCGAUUACGUGAUUAUGAUACUGCAAGAGACUUGCAUCUACCACCUCCUCUCAACAAUUGGAGUAUUAGCUUGGUUAUCGAAGCAGUGCAGAUUGAUCCAGAAGCUGAGGUCAUUGCUCGUGGGAUGACGGGUGGUGAUACGUUACCAAGUUAUGGAGCAGCAACGCAUGAUGUGGUAUUGGAUAUGGGACCUGAUUUACAGUGUGAUGAUGAUCGUCAUCCAUUGGAGUCUAUGCGUGAGAUGGAUGUAACGGAUCAACAACGAAUAUUGCCACCAUCGUAUCUUGAGGCAUCUUCUUCUUCACCAUCACCAUCAUCACCACCUACGCAACCACCCUUACCAGCACAACCUCCUCCGGCUUAUGAUGCUGUGGAUCGUCAUGAAGAACAACAGCAAGAUCAAAGUACCCCAACAACCCCUACUGCUACUACGACUACUACUACUGUAUUACCGAAUUCAGACACCCAUAAUCAUACGACCACCCACUAA